AUGGCGAAAAUGAAAAGAAGAUUUACAAUAAGCCAAGCUCUGGAUCAUAUCUUUGCUGAAAAUGAGGCGGAGGACACUGAACAGAAUAGUGAUAUGGAUGAGCAGGUUUCUGAGGAGGAAGAUAAUGUUGAGUAUCAACCGGAAGACACAGACACAUCUGAUGAGUCUGAUGGGGUGAUUGCCGAGGCUGAAGCUGUUCCUGCUCCUGCUGAAACAUUCAAAUCCAAAAGUGGUAACAUCUAUUGGAGCUCAGUACCUCCUGACUUACAAGGCAGGGCACCUGCUGCAAAUGUCAUCAAAAUGAUCCCUGGAAUCACAAGGUUUGCUGUGACAAGAGUAAGUGACAUCAAGUCAUGUUUUGAUCUGUUUAUGCCAUUGUCACUAAAAAAAGUCAUAAUUUCUAUGACAAACCUUGAAGGGAAAAAAGUCCAUGGCGACAUGUGGAAUGACAUUGAUGAGGAAUGCCUGAAUGCUUAUAUUGGUGUUCUUCUUCUUGCUGGAGUGUACAGAUCCAGCAAUGAGGCUACUGAUAGUCUCUGGGAUGCGUCGACAGGCAGAAAUAUUUUCCGGGCAACAAUGUCACUUCAGAACUUUCAAAUGAUAUCAAGAGUCCUCAGAUUUGACAACAGAGAUACUAGAGUAAAAUCUGACAAACCUGUUCCCAUCAAGGAUGUCUGGGAGAGAUGGGUGCAGCUCCUUCCACUGAUGUUCAACCCAGGGCCAGAGGUGACAGUAGAUGAACGUUUUGUUCCUUUCCGUGGAAAAUGCCCCUUCCGGCAGUACAUGCCCAGAAAGCCAGGCAAAUAUGGCAUAAAAAUCUGGGCAACCUGUGAUGCAAAAAACAGCUAUGCAUGGAAUCUACAGAUUUACACAGGCAAACCUGCGAGUGGCAUCCCUGAGAAAAAACAAGGAAAACGUGUAGUCCUUGAUAUGACUACUGGACUGCGUGGUCACAAUAUCACAUGUGACAAUUUUUUUACCAGCUAUGACCUUGGACAAGACCUUCUCAAAAGGAAACUUACCAUGGUGGGCACAAUAAAAAAAAAUAAACCUGAGCUGCCCACUGAAAUUUUGCAGGUGAAGCACAGGGCUCCUCUUUCUUCAAAAUUUGCUUUUACAGACACCACCACUGUUGUUUCAUAUUGUCCAAAAAAAAAAAAACGGAAUGUCGUACUUAUGUCCACUUUUCACAAAAAUGCAGCUGUGUCAUCAGUAAGUGACAAAAAGCCCAUACUAAUCCUGGACUAUAAUAAAAACAAAGGAGGAGUGGACAACCUGGACAAGCUGACUGCCACCUACACUUGCCAGCGAAUGACCAGGAGAUGGCCAAUGGUUGUGUUUUAUAACAUGCUAGAUGUGUCUGCAUACAAUGCAUUUGUGUUAUGGACCCACAUUCACCUAGGGUGGAACUCAACCAAAAAAAACAAGCGAAGAAUGUUUCUUGAGGAGCUAGGAAGUUCCCUUGUCAAGGCACACAUUGAGCGAAGGGAACGGGUGCCCCAAGACCCAGCUGCCGCAGCCUUGGUCAGGCUUGUACAGAGUUCACCUAGUACCCCAUCCAUGCCAUCAGCAACACAAAGAGCAUCAGUGCCUGCAUCCUCCUCCGCCAGCCCUGUCUCAACCUUAUCCAGCACAGCCACAACCCCACUGAGGCCACCUGAUUCUAAAAGAAAGCGGUGUCAGGUCUGA